AGAAGAAGACGCAAAGUGCGGAUCUGUGUCGCGUCGGCUCCGCAGAUUUUGAAUGAUUCUCGGCGUACAUUCGAAGAAUUCACCGACGCCUUAUUAUCGAGAAGGAAGUGCAAGUUCCACGGACCACCCUGAUAUCAUUCUCAAGUAGGUGGACCGUUUAUUUUCGGCACAUCGACCACUUUAUAUAGCGCCACGCCGACACGGCCGCUAAGCCUGACCCAACGAAGCUGGUGGCUGGAGCCCCGGUGGCUGGAGCCCCGUCUCUUUUCGGGUUAGAGCUGCAAGAUGGCAACGGUGAGCGUCGAAGGGGAUGAUAUACCGAGAGAAGAGUAUGAGGACGAAGCAGGUUGGCGUGUUGUGAAGAGAGGAGGAUGUGCCAGUGAGCGGACAAAAUCUCACGGAACCCAGGAUCAGGCAGCGCGCUUCUCCAGCAAGAACGCAUUCAGUAAUAGGUGGAACAAGGGACAAAAAGCAAGACAAAUCAUGGCAGCAAGCAGGAUGCCCAGUUUGCCGAAGGCGGAGUACAAGAUAAUAGUGCGCCCACGUGACAGCUUCAACGUCACCAACUAUGGGAUCAAUCGCCUAGAAUGCUGCGUCGCCAACGCCGCGGGAAUCCCCAGAAAGGAAUCAGAAGAUGACACGGUGUGUGCCAACUACAAACAGAACAUUCUAGUGAUCAGCACGCCAUCGGAGGAGCGCGCCGAAAAAUACAGGACUAUCACUCGACUGAGGAUGGGAGACAACGAGUUCGAAGCCAACGCGUACGAGUCGGCUCCGGAGGAUACAUCUAAGGGAGUGAUAAGAGGAGUAACGCACGAGGUGUCUCCUAGAGAAAUAGUGGAGAUGCUUGUAACACCAAAGAAUCCGACGGUCCUCAUGGCCAAAAGGAUGGGAAACACCACGAAUGUCAUCAUCCUUUUCGACGGCCAUCACGUCCCAAACUACGUGAGAUACGGAAGAGCACUGGUCAAGUGUUCACUAUACCGGAAGCAAAUAGACAUAUGCUACCAGUGCGGACGCCUUGGUCACAGAGCCGAUGGCUGCCCGAACCCGAACAGCAGGAUAUGCAGAGGCUGCGGCUUGGAGAACCCGCCACAGGACCACGAGUGCGAAGCGAAGUGCCAGCUCUGCGGCAAAGACCAUCCUACGGCGGAUCGCCGGUGUAAUGCCAGAUACAAGUUACCGUAUUUGGUAAAGAGGCGCCGCUGGGAGCGAGUCAGACGAGAGGAAGAAGAAACGAUGUACCACGAAAGGGAAGCUGAAAGACUGUACAGGCCAGGACGGGAAGACUGGAGACAGCGGUCGGAAUAUCGGACAAAGGACGGAUCUGGACUAGAAGAUUUCCCCAAGCUCCAGGCAAGGGAAAGGGGCCGCUCGACGUCGAAUAGAACCAGAUCGAGAUCGCGGUCCAGAUCGAGAUCCAGACCCAAGACCACUAAUACCGAAUCUACCAGAGCACAGGGGGGAGGAAGAUCGCAGAGCCCAAAAGGAAAGAGCAACGUCAACGACGCCGCAGGACCCUUACAGGAUGGCGAGCAGCAGCGGGUGAACCCUUACUCGUACGGCUACUCUUCGUACGAUGGCCUCGGCAGCAAGAUGUCGCGGCACGAGACGAAACACGACACGGGGCGCGUCACCGGCUACUACAUCGUGGAGGACGUGGACGGCCGGAAGCGCACCGUGCACUACGUAGCCGACAAGGACGGCUUCCGGGCGACCGUGCACACGAACGAGCAGGGCACUGACAACCAGGACCCCGCGAGCGUCAAGAUGCACGUUGAAAACAGGAUGCCCCACCCUCAGCCAAUUCCGCUGUCUCCGUCUCCUGAGAAGACGUCACCGUCGCCAGUGCUAGGCGACAAUGUAGACGUUCCGGUUCUGGACGCGGUGGACCAAAGUGUGAAGAAGAGCUAAUGGUCGCUCGCCACUACUUGGCAGUUGGAGUCCACGCAAUUCGUACGACCCCAUGUCCGCGGGACUACUCCCGUCCUUGCAUACAAGUGCACAGCUGCCAACGCAGUUCUGAGACAGGCGUGUUGCUUCUUUAGCCGGCUUAAGGCCCAACGCAAGGUUUUGGGACAAUGCAACGACGUCCGCAAGGAGACACGCGUUCGCUUAAUGUAAAGACGUGAACCUUGUUCGCGAUCAGCGGAAACUAUCAUCGACACGCGUUUCCUGUGCAUUUAAACGGUGUUAAUUGUAGCUUUCAGGCGUGUUAUCACUUGCAAAGGCAGCACAAAGGAAUAAAAAACACCUCUUGUUUGUUGA